GAGCUGAAUCCACCCAAAAGCCCAUUUAUCUCAAUUCAUAACAACACAACAGUCGGCCAGUUUUAUCAAGACCACGCGAUUUCAAAAGAACCAAUACACUCCGACCCUCUGCUAGAGAAAGAGAAGUGAUGGCGGAAGAUUUGGUGCUAGACACGGCGAUUAGAGAUUGGGUACUGAUUCCACUAUCCGUAGUUAUGGUUCUCAUUGGAGUCCUCCGCUACUUCGUCUCUAAGCUCAUGCGUUCCUAUCAGACCCCCGAUGCCAAGAUCGUCAAGGAGGGACAAGUAAUUUUGAGGGCUCGGUAUUUGCGGUCUGGGGCUAAUUUUAUACCUCCUAAGUCGUUUCGUGCUAGAAGGGCUUAUUUCAGCAACGAGGAAGAUGGAUUGUUACACGUUCCUAAGGGACAGGCGCAAAAUGCACAAGCACAAAUGUUUUCUGACCCAAAUAUGGCAAUGGAUAUGAUGAAGAAAAACCUUUCUAUGAUUAUCCCCCAGACUCUGACGUUUGCCUGGGUCAACUUUUUCUUCUCUGGAUUUGUUGCCGCCAAGAUACCUUUUCCACUAACUCAGCGGUUUAGGUCAAUGUUGCAAAAUGGGAUUGAUUUGAGCACUGUUGAUGUUAGUUAUGUCAGUAGUCGUUCAUGGUAUUUCCUUAAUUUAUUUGGAUUAAGGGGCUUAUUUAGUCUAAUUCUUGGUGAAGAAAAUGCUGUCGAUGACACACAGCGCAUGAUGCAAAUGAGUGGUUUUGGCUUUGAUCCAUCAAAGAGCUUGAGCGCUGAGAAAGAUGGUCUUGAUAUAGUUCAGCAUGAAUGGGCUCUACCCAAAUUUGAGCAGCGUGCCGAAGCAGUAUUGAGAAAACUUGUUGUGGUAACAUUUUUUCCUUCCUAAAUUUAUGCUGACAUUUAAUCUUAACUGAAUCUUCAACCCUAGAAACUGGCAGCAAUCUGGUGUUUUCAACCAGACUGGACAAUACUUUUGUACUGUGUGGUUAAACAUUUAGAUAUAGAAAUUUCAGGUUUUUUUAGAAAUAAAGUUCAUGGAGUGAGAACAGCUAUUGUACUGUGUUAUUUGACAGAUUUUGGUUGUUUCAAGGCAUGCUUUCUUUUAAGUUGUA